CCGCUUACAUUGCUACGCGAAUAAACCAGUGUGUCUAUAGCCAUCGGUUGUUUCACUCGUGCCCUACCCAAAAUACAACAUUGGCGGCGAUCUACCCACUUACAAGCGAAAUUAAAAAUGUCUAGUGCGCAUUUUGGAAUUUUGCCUACGUUUGAUCACCAUUCGCAAACAUGGAAAACGUUUAAAUCGCGCUUAUUGCAAUGGUUUGUGGCAAAUAAAGUAAAUGACACUACGGACGCGGGAGGAGAACAAAGGCGAGCGAUAUUACUUAGCACACUCAUUGACGGUACUUAUAAACUCGCAGCGGAUUUAGCGUUGCCUAAGAAGAUAGAAGAAGUACCAUAUGAAGAUGUUUUAAAGCUGCUGGAAGACCAUUUUGUUCCAAAGGUGUUUGGUUUUAGUGAGCGGUACAAAUUUUAUUCGGCCGUUCAACAAAGUGGAGAAACACAUACCCAAUGGGCGGCAAGGCUACGUGGUUUGUCAGCGGAAUGCGACUUCACAAAUGUAGAGGAAGUUCUUCGCGACAGAUUUAUGAUGGGCAUGCUGCCGGGACGGGAACGGGACAAGGUUUUCACGCAGGAUCUCAAGGAGCUGACGCUCACUAAGGCGGUGGAGUUGGCUAACGCGGUACGCUGCGCGCGGGAGGUGUCGGCGGGGGCGGGACAGGUGGCUUCGACGAGCGACCAGCUGUUCAAGAUCACCGACGAGACCAAGGAUACGGUCCGUGAAAAAUGUGCAGUGUGCGGUUAUUCAAACCAUAAAACGGCCGAAUGUCGGUUUUCUAAUUAUCGUUGCAAAAAGUGCCGCGGUAAAGGCCAUUUAAAAAGAAUGUGCAAAACGGUAAAGUGCAUUAUGGCGAAUGACGUGAGCGAGGGAGACGACGGUAAGUUGUUUAAUAUUCGUUCUGUAAAGGGGGAACCCAUGGUAGAAUGGGUCACCGUUCAAGGCGUGCCGUUGCAGUUUGAAAUGGAUAGCGGGGCGGCGGUCACGGCGAUGUCACCACAGUUUUUCAAAAAGCAUUUCCCUAAUGUGACAAUUUGCGCACCUAAGAAAAAUCUAGCUUCUUAUAACGGUUCUAAUAUGGCUUGCGUAGGUAUGGCGUCAAUGCCUAUGGAAUACGCGGGGCGCACACAGCUGAUCGAUGUUUACAUUAUUCCCAAUGCUGGCGCGCCGAUUUUAGGCCGCGAUUUUAUUUCAUCAUUUAAUUUAGAGAUGACGACAGUUGUUAAUAGAGUUAAUUACUGUACACAACAGCGGGAUGAACUAGAGAUGUUACAAAGUAGUUAUCCGACAGUGUUUUCGGAUAGUUUGGGUCUAUUUAAUAAAUAUAAGGUUGGGUUGCAGCUUAAGCCAGACGCGAAACCGGUUUUUUUAACGCGACCAUUAGCUUUUGCACUGAAAGGAAAAGUUGACAAAGAAAUAGACCGUUUAAUAAAUCUAGGUGUUUUAAAACCUGUUGAAUAUUCCGAAUACGCAUCUCCAAUAGUUCCGGUGUUAAAAAACAAUGGCACCAUGCGUAUUUGUGCAGAUUACUCGGUCAGCAUUAAUAAGCAGCUGUGUGUAGAACAAUAUCCGCUACCUACAAUUAAAGAGUUGUUUGCUAAAUUACACGGAGGACAAACGUUCUCAAAACUAGACUUAUCUUCCGCGUACACUCAGCUGGAGUUGACGCCGGAGUCGCAGCACCUCACCUGCAUAAAUACGCACCGGGGGUUGUUUUUCUACACACGCCUCGUGUUUGGGUUGGCUAGUGCCCCAGCUAUAUUUCAACGCGCGAUUGAUAAUUUGCUUAGUGGUAUGGAAGGAGUACUGUGUUUACUUGACGAUAUAUUGAUAACGGGGAAAAACGACACGGAACAUUUGCAAAGAUUAAACGCAGUUUUAAAAAGGUUGGAAAAUGCAGGGUUAACUUUGCAAAAAGAAAAAUGCGUAUUUUUCCAAGACCAAGUGCAGUAUUUAGGUUACAUAAUCGACAGGAACGGCCUUCACAAAUCACCUGAAAAGGUCAAAGCAAUCCUGGAAGCCCCGGUACCGACAAAUGUGAAUAAAUUGCAAUCCUUUUUAGGGUUAGUGAAUUACUACCGUAAUUUUGUGCAAGGGGCGUCCAUGAUACUUUCACCUUUGUAUGAUUUGUUGAAGAAAGGGGUCAAGUGGUGUUGGCGGGAGGAACAUGACCAAGCAUUCGAAAAAAUAAAAAAAUGCUUGGCUUCGGAUCAGGUUUUAGCCCAUUUUGACCCAAACGCUAACCUAGUUUUGACCGUAGACGCGUCACCCUAUGGCCUUGGGGCUAUUUUAAGUCAAAUUCAGCCAGACAACAGUGAAAGGCCUAUUUCGUUUGCUUCGCGAACCCUUAACGCGGCAGAAAAAAAUUACUCACAACUUCAAAAAGAAGCUACGGCAAUCGUGUUCGCAGUUAAACGUUAUCAUCAAUAUUUAUUCGGGAGGUCGGUGCCCUUUAUUUUACGAACCGAUCAUAAACCUCUAAUUUCUAUUUUUGGCCCUUAUAAAGGCAUUCCCGAAAUUACGGCUAACCGACUGCAAAGGUAUGCCCUUUUUUUAAGCGCAUAUAAUUAUAAAAUUGAGUACAUUCGGAGUGCAAUGAAUAGUGCAGAUUAUUUGUCUCGAGCUAGUUUACCUGACAACAGCGAUAACAGCGGAGGGCCAGAGCGGGCACGCGCGCGCGGGGAGGGGCAGGACCCGUUCAUACCAGAUGAUCGCGCGUCGUACAUCAAUUUUGUUAUCGAAGGAUGCUUACCGUUAACUAUGGACGAGUUACGUAAACAAACAAAGAUUGACCCAGAUUUAAAUAAAAUUGUAAGUUACGUUUGUACAGGCUGGCCUAAGAAAAUUAACGAUGAUAAGCUAAAACCGUAUUUUAAUUGUAGAUUACAGUUAUCGUAUGAAAACGGCUGUUUGCUAAGAGGCCAUAAGGUCGUAAUUCCCGCGACCUUGCAGUCCCGCGCGUUAUCGGAGUUACAUCAUUCUCACUUAGGAAUAGUAAAAACCAAAGCGGAGGCCAGGUCCAGGUUUUGGUUUCCUAAGAUCGACGAAAAGAUUGAACAAAUGAUAGCUUCUUGUGAGACGUGCAUUAAGUUGAGGCCCGCUCCCAGUCGUGCACCGUUAGCCCCUUGGAAAUUCCCUGCAGAACCCUUUGCCAGGAUCCAUUUGGAUUUUUUGGGGCCAAUUAACGGUAUCGCCUACUUAGUGAUUGUAGAUGCCCACAGUAAAUGGAUUGAGGUGUAUAGUAUGAAGAACGGUACUAGUACGUCGGCUGUGUGCGAAAAGUUGUACGAGUUUAUGGCUAGGUUUGGGGUACCGCAAGUGAUAGCUAGUGAUAACGGGUGCGCAUUUACGUCACAGGAGUUUAAGGACUUUUGUUUGUUAAAUGGCAUAACUGCGGUGACGUCACCGGCGUACCACGCGGCCAGCAAUGGCCAGGCAGAAAGCAUGAUAAAAGUUUCCAAGAAGGGGAUUAAAUCCUGUUUAAUAAAUAGCCGCAAUAUUAAAGAUUGUAAUAAUAAGUUACAAAAAUUUCUCUUUGACUAUAGGAAUUCUAUACAUUCCACCACGGGCCAUUCGCCAGCUCAAUUAGUGUUUGGCCACAAACUUCGGACACGCCUUGAUUUAAUUAACCCUUCAACGGCGUCUCCCUCGCCCACGUCAUUGGAUAAUCAUGUAAAAAAUCAACAGUGUUUACAGAGUAAAGCGUAUAACGGUAACAAUAAACAAGCCUUCAAUAUAGGCGAUAAAGUGUUAUAUAAAAAGAACUUUAACAUUAAUAAGUUUACAUGGUGUAAGGGAAUAAUUUUAGAAAAGUUGGGUAAAGUUGUAUAUUUAGUAAGAGAUUGUGAAAAUUCAGACAACCAUAAAAAACAUAAAGAUCAAUUAAUGUUAUACAAGGGACCACAAGGGGACGGUUCGUUUCUUGAUGACAUCUCUCUACCAGAUUUAUUUUCAUCGGAUCAAAAACAUCCGUCGACACAGAAUACCAGCGAGUUGCAAAAUGGUACCGACAGCGAGGUGCUAAAUGGUACCGACAGUGAGGUGCAAAAUAGUGGGGAAGGAGAAGACGGUCAAAUAGUUGAUCUCAACAACGACCCCCAGGACAGUUUUGAGGACGCCAAGUCGGACGACAACACCCCAGUAGAAGGGCCCGAGAAUCCAGGGGUACCCAACCCGUCGGUCGCUGUCGGGCAGGACAGAGUCAAACGAAACCGUCCCAAGGUUAAUUAUAAACCUUAUUUUUAGUUAAUAUGUAAUUAGUUAUAUAAGUAGAUUAGUUGAAAACUACGGGGAGGAUUGUUAUGUAUGUGUGCGUGCGCGCACAACCCCGCUUACAUUGCUACGCGAAUAAACCAGUGUGUCUAUAGC